AUGGCUCAAAAAGUCUCACAGCAAGAAGGAGCCAAAAGCGACUUCAUACAACGCUUUGCUGCAAAAUAUGCCGAAUCGGUCUUGAUUCGCAACAACAAAGAUGAAGAACCUCCACCAGACCAUGAAAGGGAUUGGAGGAGGAGGCUGAGCCAGAUCGUGUGGAAACCAGUUCUGCGCUUCUACAAUGAGUUCAAGAGUCUUGUGGUCGUUGGAGAAUACGGCGUAGGGAAGACAGCAUUGUGCCAGAUGAUCUUCAAUAAUGAAGAUGUGAAGAGUGUUUAUGCCCCAAGGAUUUGGGUGUCUACGCACAGCAGUGAAUCGGGGGAAGGCCUUGAUGGGAAGAUACAUGUGUUGAAGAGGAUCUUGGAGGGCUUUGGAGUUGAAGAUUCCAUGUUGGCAUCUAUCAGAACAGAGGCGAAAGACGAGUGCAUGUUCAGGCAGGAAGCCGGAGAAAGUGAUGGAGAGACGGCGAAAGAGAAGGAGCUCGCUGCUCUGCUCUAUGCACUUCACUUGAACCUCAGGUGGAAGAACCGAAGAAAUGGAUUCCCUAAAGGGUCUGGUGGGAGAGUCAUAUACACGACAAGGGACAAAACACUGGCGAAGAAGCUAGUUUCAGAGGAACAUGAGAUCCAUCGUCUGUGGCCACUGACUGAUUAUGUGAGUGUCUGGAAGAUAUAUGAAGAAGCGCUCAAAGAGAAUAGGACGGAGCCUCCAAGGAAUAGCAAGAAAUGCGUAGAGGAGCUGAUGAACAAGUCUCGUGGUCUUCCUCUAGCUGCUAGACUUAUAGCUGAGAUUAAUCCCAUGUUUGACGACGAUGAAUAUACUGAGCAAAACGAUUUUACCUGA